AUGUUCCCGUUGCAAGGCGCCCAGAUGCUGCAGAUGCUGGAGAAGUCCCUGAGCAGGAGCCUCCCCGAGUCCUUGAAGGUCUACGGGACUGUCUUCCACAUGAACCAGGGAAACCCAUUCAGCCUCCAGGCCCUGGUGGACACGUGGCCUGACUUCAGCACCGUGGUCAUCCGCCCCCAGCAGCAGGAGAUGACGGACGACCUGGAUCACUACACCAACACCUACCAAGUCUUCUCCAAGAAUGUCAGGAAGUGCCAGGAAGUCCUGGCCUCCCCGGAAGUCAUCAACUGGAAGCAACACCUGCAGAUCCAAAGUUCUCAAUGCAGCCUGAAUGACGUGAUCCAAAGUCUUGCAGCCACUAAAUCCCUGCAAGUCCAGCACUCCCAGAACAUCCUCUUUAUGUGGGCAGAGACUGUAAGGAAGCUGGCUCCUGCCCUGCUGGAGGGGAAGAGCUUGGCCCCCACGGGCGGCAAACACAAAGCCAUCAACGAAGCCCUCUUCAGGCCCUCUGCCCUGGACCUGCCCCACGCGGCCCUGGUGAAUGAAUUCUGGGAUUUUGGCGGCAAUGAGCGGAGCCGGAGAUUCAUCAGGCGCUGUAUCAGGACCUUCCCCUCCUUCUGCCUACUGGGGCCCGAGGGGACCCCGGUGUCCUGGCUCCUCAUGGACCAGUCAGGAGAGCUGCGUAUGGGGGCCACAUUGCCCAAGUACCAGGCCCAGGGCCUCAUGGCCCACAUCAUGUACACCCAGUCCCAGGCCAUGAGCAAACUGGGCUUCCCCGUCUUUAUUCAUGUAGACAGGAGGAAAAAAGUCUCUCAGAAAGUAGAGGUCUCUUUGCCUUACAUCCCGAUGCCCUGUGACUGGAACCAGUGGCACUGUGUCCCUCUGUGACAGCCUGACCAGGCCAUGCCAGGUGGCUGGGCCCAUGUGGAGGGUGAUGGGUGGGCAGAGACACGUAAU